AGGUUGUACGUGAUGAGUUAGUUUAGUUUGCAGCUUUGUCUCGCUAGAAUCUGGAUAGAAUUCUUCACUAUUCAAGGAUGAAAAUAUUUGUGAUAUUGGCAGUGCUUUUGGGCAUUUUGGUGGCAGCUUCGAAGAGCGAGAAUCAUGAGAGUUUGGUUCGAUUUCAGAAUUCCCUUGAAAGUUUUUCCAACAUUGUCAACACGUAUCGGGUCGAUCUCGAUAAAGAACUCAAGUCGAAGGAGCUUCGAAAUGCCAUCGAUUUGGUGGACUCGUCCAUGCUCGGCUUCAAUGGAACCGCCAAAAUACACCUAGAUGACAUACGGAGCCUGAGUUCGAAGGCCUCCCUAACAUGCCAGAUGUCCAGAGAUUCGGUUUUGGAAUCCUGCGUUUCUCUGCAAUCAACUUUGAACCUGUUCAUCAGCAAUAUAGAUUCGAAGAAAAUGUCAGUAUCGGACAAAAAGGUGAUGUGGAAUAUGACCCUCAACGCACUGCAGUUCGGUUCGAAUAAAAUUAAUGAAUCCUUGACCCUGCUGGAAGAAGCUCAGAAUACUAGGAACAUUUUAAAAGAAAGAUUGGAGGACAUGAAUUUUAAUUUAAAAUAUGAUUUGAUGAAUCUUAUGAGAGCGGAUGAAGCAAAACAAGAAAAUGAUUCGAAAAAUGGUUUAUGGGAAAAGAUUAAGAACUUGUGGAAUAAAGUGGUAGAAUAUUUCUCCAAGGUACCCCAGUAUCCAGAAAACGUAGAAAAUAAAAAAAUUCAAAUGGCCAAAAUUGAGGAGAACAUGAAAAGGACAACGCUUCUUAUGGAAAAAUAUCAGAAUUUUGACUUCUCUGAGGAUAAAACCAAAAUUAACGAACUGUCGCUUAUUGUUUCUAAAGGGAAUGAGAACAAACAACUGAUCUUUGGUGAUGAUACGCAAUUGCAAUCUCAACUUAUACCACAAUUAAAUGAGUUAAAGGACAAUUGCAUUCAGUUUUCCGAGGAAUCCAGUGCAUAGGAGAUGGCUUUCCUUUAGGAAGCUAAAAAUUAUAAAAUAAUAAUAUAAAAAUAAAUAAUCAAGAAUCAUAGAAUUCUUCUGAGAA